AUGGUUGUAAGUUCCAAAUUGGGAAUAGAAUUGUUGUGGUGGUUGAAGUUGAAGAAGUUUUUAAGAGGAAGAAUUGAAGAUUUGAGAUUAGAAACAAAGAUUUGUGAGAAAUUGUGUAGGUUUUGUUUAUUGAGAAAGGAUUUUGUAUCAAAGUUUGACCAGGUUCCUACACUGAACUACUACUGCUAUUUAUAUUAUUUUGGAUCGGGAAAAUUAUAUGACUGGGGUCAGUUUAAUAACCUUAUCUUCAACAUUGAUGAGAUUGUGAAAGAAAACUUGGGUAACAACAUUUCCCAGUUGUUAGACAGAAAUCUUGCCAGCCUGUCUGAGAAACUAGUUCCCAAUGACGUCAUGUUAUGUUUCCCUCUGUGGACCCUUAGAGAUGGGCCAUAA